GGGCGGCCGCCGCCAUGGAGACCCCUUCAGCUGGCGCCCGGCGCCUCGGGGCCAGGGGGCGGCCCUGACGCUGUCCGCCCCGUCGGGGAGCGGGUCCCGGGACGUCCCCCUGUCCCCCGCUUCGGCCGUCCGCUGCUCCCCGUGCCCUCGGCCGCUCUCUCCCCUCCUCCGGCCUCCGCUGCUGCCCCCGAGCGGCGGCGGCGGCCCCCUGUUGAAUGGGCGGUGCGGAGCCGGGUCUGAGGCGCUGGCGGAGGCGGCCUCGAGGGGCCGGCGGCGGCGGUGGAGGAGACGGAGGCGGCGGCGGCGGCGGCGGUGGGGGCGACCAUGGAGGGCCUGGCCGGCUAUGUGUACAAGGCGGCCAGCGAGGGGAGGGUGCUGACCCUGGCCGCCCUGCUCCUGAACCGGUCCGAGAGCGACAUCCGCUACCUGCUGGGCUAUGUCAGCCACCAGGGAGGGCAGCGCUCCACGCCGCUCAUCAUCGCGGCGCGCAACGGGCAUGCCAAGGUGGUGCGCUUGCUGCUGGAGCACUACCGAGUGCAGACCCAGCAGACAGGCACUGUCCGCUUCGACGGUUAUGUCAUUGAUGGAGCCACCGCUCUCUGGUGUGCAGCAGGAGCUGGACAUUUUGAAGUUGUCAAACUUCUAGUCAGUCAUGGAGCCAACGUGAACCAUACUACAGUAACCAACUCAACACCCUUGCGGGCUGCAUGCUUCGAUGGCAGAUUGGACAUCGUUAAAUAUCUGGUAGAAAAUAAUGCCAACAUCAGCAUUGCCAACAAAUAUGACAACACUUGCCUUAUGAUUGCAGCUUAUAAAGGACACACAGAUGUGGUCAAGUAUCUUUUAGAACAACAUGCAGAUCCCAAUGCCAAAGCACACUGUGGGGCUACAGCAUUACACUUUGCAGCAGAAGCUGGGCACUUGGAGAUUGUACGAGAGUUGGUAAGGUGGAAAGCUGCAAUGGUGGUGAAUGGCCACGGAAUGACUCCGUUAAAAGUAGCUGCCGAAAGCUGUAAGGCAGAUGUUGUUGAAUUAUUGCUUUCUCAUGCUGAUUGUGACCGAAAAAGUAGAAUUGAAGCUUUGGAACUUUUGGGUGCCUCAUUUGCAAAUGACCGAGAGAACUAUGAUAUAAUGAAGACAUACCACUAUUUAUAUUUAGCGAUGUUGGAGAGGUAUCAAGAUCGUGAAAACAUUAUUGAAAAAGAGGUUCUUCCACCAAUUGAUGCUUAUGGAAAUAGAACUGAAUGCAGAAAUCCUCAGGAACUAGAAUCCAUUCGGCAAGACAGAGAUGCUCUUCACAUGGAAGGCCUGAUAGUUCGUGAACGGAUUUUAGGCUCAGACAAUAUUGAUGUUUCUCAUCCUAUCAUUUACCGUGGGGCUGUUUAUGCUGAUAACAUGGAAUUUGAACAGUGUAUCAAGUUGUGGCUUCAUGCUUUGCAUUUAAGGCAGAAAGGUAACAGAAACACUCACAAAGAUCUUUUAAGAUUUGCUCAAGUUUUCUCACAGAUGAUUCAUCUGAAUGAACUGGUAAAGGCCAAGGACAUAGAAAGUGUUUUGAGAUGUAGUGUUUUGGAAAUAGAACAGGGGAUGUCCAGGGUGAAAAGUACACAAGAUGCUGAUAUCCACACCGCCCUGGACAACUAUGAAUGCAAUAUUUUUACCUUUUUGUAUUUGGUGUGCAUCUCCACCAAAACACAGUGCAGUGAGGAAGAUCAGUCAAGAAUUAACAAGCAGAUUUACAACUUGAUUCACCUUGAUCCUAGAACUCGAGAGGGGUCGAGCUUAUUGCAUCUUGCUGUUAACUCUAAUACCCCGGUAGAUGACUUCCACACAAAUGAUGUCUGCAGCUUUCCCAAUGCCCUUGUCACUAAACUCCUAUUGGACUGUGGUGCUGAGGUGAAUGCUGUUGACAGUGAGGGAAAUAGUCCUCUUCAUAUUAUCGUUCAGUACAACAGGCCCAUUAGUGAUUUUUUGACCUUGCAUUCUAUCAUCAUUAGCUUAGUGGAAGCUGGCGCUCAUACUGACAUGACAAACAAACAGAAGAAGACUCCGCUAGACAAAAGUACAACGGGGGUGUCUGAAAUAUUACUUAAAACUCAAAUGAAGCUGAGCCUUAAGUGCCUGGCUGCCCGAGCAGUUCGGAUUUAUAACAUUAACUACCAAAACCAGAUCCCCAGAACUCUUGAAGAGUUUGUUGAAUUUCAUUAGGUGACUGGAUAUGUAAAAUCUUUAAAUGUGGUGCUAAAAAGUAAAGGACUUUAAUCACAGACAAUAGAAUUACGUGUUUAUAAAUUCUACUUCUCUAUCCACUACCCUUCCUUUCCCUUGGUCCUAUCCUCAGUUCUAUAUUUGGUCUCUCUUGCUCAGACAGGAGCCAAUUACAAAUAACAUCCCAAGGAAAACCUUGAUAUAACCAUAAUGUAGUAUCUUUGGAUAUUGGUCAGGUUACCUCUCCCGGCCUCUUUUUUUUUUUAAAGGAACAAAUAUAAAAUAUUUUGUUUAAUCAUACUUAGGUACAUUUAUGAUUUGCAGUUGAUAAUGUUUUAAAUAGCUAUGUACAAAGGUAUUUCUGUUUAAAAGCCUAUCUCAACAUGUGAUCUAUGCAGCAGUUUUGAGGAUUUAAAGUUUUAUUUUGGAAAAAAAGAAGAAAUAGAAAAUAACAUGAUAAAAGUAAUUCAGUGAUUCAGUGCAUAUUGCCCAUUAUGGUUGCCAGUUCACACUAAAACAAUUGACAGUUUUGUUUUCACUCUUCAGUGAGCUUUUCUUUUUUGAAUAAAAUAUAAACAACACAUUAAAACAUAAGGAGGAUUUGAAAAAACAAGAUUAAAUUAUUGUGAUAAAUCUAAUAAUGGUUGCAAAUUAUUAUAAUUUAAUCCAUUGAAAUUGUUGCAGUUUGCUAUGUUGGUUGUGAGAAGGAAUGGUAACAAAAACCAAUUUGCAUCAAACCAAUUCUUUUUAAAGAAAGUUGAAGAAGGCUUUCUAGAAAAUAAGCAGACUUUUGUUUUUGAACUCCUUUCCCAAUAGACUUGAGUUCUAAAAUCCUUUGCUAUUAUUUUCAUAUAAUUUGUGCAAUUUGGAACAGGCAGCAUUUGACAUAGAGUUUUCAGUAAUGUGUGAAUUAUGAAUGUUAGCCUUUAAAAUGAAACAGAUUGUCACAACAUGAUUAUAAGUCCUGUUUCAUGCCACCUACCUUCACUACUCACUUUACCCUCCUGUGGUGUCUUCCUUUUGAAUAUGAAAACCACUUUUCUAGGAGGAAUAGCUAGUGCCUCCCUAAUAAGAUGCUUAUGACAGGUGAAAGGGAACCUGGAUACUUAAAAAAAAAGUUUCUUUUAUUAGUCUGUGACAAAGGUAGAAAAAUCACAAAUGUGUGAAAUGAACAUUUUUUAUGAUGAAAAGUGAUUUGUAUAAUGCUACCUUGAAAAGGUACUUCUGCCUGAGAGCUACAGAUUUUUCAACAACAGAAUGUUAUUUGUUCUGACAGGCUAUUUGGAAUAUUUUGUUGAUUGUUUUUAACUGCAAUUUUUUAAACUGUUUGAUUAAAAGAAUAUUUUAUGAUUAAAAAAAGUAGACCUGAAAUUCAGAGGGAGGGUACACACCUGAAAUGUGAAUUUAGCUUGUAAUAACUCCAUUUCCUGUCUGGUGCCAAAUGAACUAACUCAGCUACUAUAUGUGUGGACGUGUAACUUUUGUUUUAAUGAAUUUUUUUUUUGUCACAAUUCCAAGCCCGCAAAUGAAAAAAAAAAAGCCCAAGUGUUUAAUUUGUGUUUUAUAUAUGUAUGUUGCUUUGUGUGGGGUAAGAAUAAAGGUUCCAAUUUAAGCAGUGUAGAACAGAAAUGACCAAGCCAAACUCUUACCACCUGGGGCCUUAAAUAGUGCAACACCACAAAAUGAAAUGCUGGUUUUUUUUGUUGGGGGAGGCAGGGAAGGGAUAAUACUAUUUUUUUUCCUUUCAAGGAUGUUUGGGGGAAAAAUGCAAGGUUAUUUUACAGUUCUGGCAAUUUUAUAUUUUGUGUGUCUGCUUCAGUUAGAAUUGUAUGGAUUAUGAAUUUGGCGAUAGUACUUGAUUUCUAUUUUGCUAAACUAAGGUUUUAUGAGAAAAGUUUUUAGUCUGAUAUGGUUUAAAGUAGGAAUUUCAAUGAAUCCUAAUUUAAAAAUUACUGGCCCUGAUCCUUCCAGUGAAUAGGUAGCACUGUCCCUUGUUCUUUGGUGCUCCGAAAGAGGUUACAGUUCCUAAAGAGGAUUAGUCCAUGCCUUCCUCAUUGUUAGGAUCAAGCUCUUUAUGUUAUAGACUUGAGGGUCUUCUUUGAUCGUUCCAAGGAGCAAAUGUGAUCUUCUUGGCAUUUUUUGGGGUGAUAUUAAUGUUGAUGUGUUCUUAAGACACCAAAAUUAAAAAUAGCAAAUAUAUUGUACUUCUUUCACUAUAGAUGUUUUAGGAAUUUACUCUGCUCCUUCUCUUGCCCUUGACCAAACUGUUUUAUACUUUGCUAAUUUAUGAUGUCCCUAUAAAAUGACAGAAGUGGUGGCUUAUGAAUACACAGGCUUCUAUAACUUUUAAUAACCCCCCCAAUUAUUUUAAAAAGAGAGUACUGAAUGUUGAGAACGAGUAAGGUUGUAUUGAUUACAGUGCUGGCAAAAAUACAAAGGUAUUUGAUAACAUUUGAAUAAAAUAUGAAUUGCUCCAAUGUUCAUUGGUAACUUCUGUACUGUUAUUUACAGUAAAACUUCAUUGCACUAUAUUGCUCAGGAUGUAAUUCCAACUUGUAAAAUAAAUUAAGAUAUGUAUUGUAAAAUAUCUGUAUAAAACCAUUCUUGGAACUAUAAGCCUGUUUUGCUUUUCUUAUUUUGUUUUUUUGUACAGCUGAUAUAAAGUAUGUUUGGCUUAAUUUAACUCUUCCCAAACUUUCACCUCAACAGAAAACAAACAACCCAAAAAACCCCAUCAAACAGAAAAUAAAGCUGGUAUUCAUUGGUACUGCAGCUUUCCUCAAACUGUAUGUUGUCAAUUUUUCAGUCACUUGCACUGGUUUGUGUUUAUCCUUUGGUGUAGGGAUGUCUUGGUUUGUCAAUUUUUAAUACUGUUACAAAUCUCAGAGUUGCUUUGUGCUGCUCAGCAAUUGCCAUAUACAUUUGCACAUACUAAAGGCCUUGAAGUACUUUCAGAAACCACAAGAAACUUGUUGGGAUUUUGCCUUAUUUUAACACAUCUGAUAACAGAAUUUUGUAUUCAAAUGGCCAUUUAACCUGAGGAAUGGACAGCAAAUCAAUGCCAACUGGCAGGGAGUAAGAGAGGGUGAAGAAAAGAUCUAACCUUAAAGCUGAAAACAUAAGUUCUCCAAUGCACAAUUUGCAUUUCACAACAAGGAUCGUUAUUGUCUUCCCAACAAAUAGCCUUAAGCAUGCCACCUGAUCCCAGCUGUUAUGUUGAAUGGGAGCUUUUAAAAAUUACUAUCAUUAAGCUUUGAUUUCAUUUUUCUCCCUCUGUAUGUAGUAAGAGGUUUAUUUCCUUGUGCUGGAAAUUUAAUAACUGGCAAAUUUUAAGGAAUUUCUCAUUACACAUUAAGUUUGAGUAGUUGGAUUAUAUUACAUGUUGGAGGUUUUGGAAGAUGUGUUUUGAGGACAGUACCUGAUAACUUGAUAAAUAUCUUUCAGAGACAAGCCUAAAGCAAACAGAGCACCCAGUGGCCAAUUCUUCACUGGAAUUGAGACAGUUAUUUGGAUAGUUCCAGCCACUUCUUUUUUAUCUGUACUUUUCAAGCACAAGAAGGUUUUUGGGAAAAGGCCUAAAUUAUCCAUAUAAUUGCUUUGAACCUCCAUUUUACUGGCAGGAAAGUAGAUAGAAGAAUUAGCAAGUAAAUGAACAAAGGUAAAACAAAUAUAAAGGGCUUAUUUUUUUGGCAGCUUGUUUCUAUGCUUCAUAACAGACAACUCUUCCUUUUCAAAAUAGUUUAACACUAAACAUUGUUUUGCCAUUUGUUCUGUGUAAAGCUAUCCUGCAGGAUCUUGAGCUUUGUCUUCAACCCAAAAGCUAUGGAGCUCAGAUUUUCUAAAAGCAGAGAACUGCUAAUAGUUUAAUGAUAAUGACCAAGAAAGUAUGCCAGGUUUCAGGGCUAUUUCUAUAAGGCUUUUUAGCAGAAUUGCUCACAUUUGGGUAGAAUACUAGUUUGCUACUUUUUUAUGUAAAGAUAGAGCUACUCUUCCAGCUGGUUGUGGGAUUUAUAGUAGGUAUUACACUGAGGACUGGUAUGUUUGUUUGUAAAUUGUAAUAUAUGUAUUGUACUGUAUUCAUGUUAGGGUAGUUGUAUUACAGUUUUGUAUUACUGUUUAAGGAAGGUGCAAUGACUAUAAAUGGUAGAGUGUAUCCUGACAUCUCUGUGCCAGGUUUUGAUAAUGCUAAAUGAUUAGCACCUUUUCAAUUUGGGAAUACAGGGUCCAAUAUGUUGAAGGGGUAGGGAUCAAUAUUGGCUAAAUGUUAAGAAGGCAUCUAGUGGAGACAAAAUUAAGCUUGCAAAUUAUAAAGUGAAAAAAAACUUAAAGUUUGUCUUUACAUAGUAUUGUUUAUGGCUCUUAGUGGCCUCUUAAGAGUUGGAAUAUUAGGAAAGAAGGGGAAAUGAAAAAUUCCUUUCCUAUGUUGUGUACCUUUUAUUUGCUGCAAAACCCAGGAGUGGGAGAAACAGGGAAAUCUUAUAGGCUGAAUCUGAUUUCUUUUGGAAAGAGUCUUGUCUGCUGGCUUCAAAAUCAACUCACCCUCAGUACCCUGUUAAGAAGAUCUGCAUUGCUGUACUUCAGUAAUUUCACUGUGAUUUAUAACUUACCAAUGAUGUCAUUCUGUUGUGCACUUUUGUCAAAUUGUUUACCCAAUUUUAAUAAAGAGAGUAAACCUGUCAAUUGCA